UUGUUUGUUUUAGUUCAUAAAGAUGGCAACGUUUGUAUUUCUAUCCUGCACGAACCAGGGGACGACAAAUGGGGUUACGAGAAAGCAUCAGAGCGUUGGUUACCGAUUCAUACAGUGGAAAGCAUUCUCAUAUCUGUGAUUUCCAUGCUGGCUGACCCGAAUGAUCAGUCACCGGCAAACGUCGACGCAGCGAAACAGUGGCGAGACCAUUAUCCGGAAUUUAAGAAAAAAGUAGCGAUGUGCGUUAGGAAAAGUCAGGAGGAUGCUUUCGACUAG